GAGAUGUAGGCGUCCCUCUUCCGGUUUCAAACGGAGAUGGAGGAGCUUGGUGUGUGGACGCCAUCAACAACAUGACGGUGUCAUAAAUUAACGUACAGUAAAUGACUUGGACGAACCGCCACCUUCUAGUCUGGAGGAAUCAAAUUAUUUCGCCGUUGUUCUGUGCUGCAGGCAACUGUGUCUUGGUGCUGUACCUGUGGGCAGAGACCACCCAGAGGUUGCUUUAACCAGCUCCUUAUGUCUGAAGACUCGAGCAGUGAUGAAGAAUGGUGUAUAUCAACAAAAAGGCAGGCAGAUGCUAACACAGAGGCUAAAUGUUGGGAAUGUGGCAAAAAGUUCAGUAACAUAACAAACUUGAUGUCACACUACAAAAGCCACAAUAUCAAAGCCACUUGCCACAUCUGCAAGGUCAUUUUCCGACGCCUGACGUCACUCUCCACGCAUCUGGAUAAUGCACACUCGCCACCCCUCUGCAAAAAGUGCCAUCAGUCUUUCAGUAAUGUGUGGGAAUUGAACAAGCAUGCAGAGAUACAUUGCAUUGGCUCACUGCCAUUUAAAGAAGCCCCCUCUUUGAUUUCUGCAGUCAUAUAUCAGAGUCAGAAUACUGACAUCUUUUCAGAUGAGGUGACUGUACAGCAAAGCACAAACUCAGGACCAUGUGAGUCAAUGUCAGAGUUGAGGCCUCAAGAAAGAAUCGAGAUGAAGCCUGAGAGACCUGAGACAUCUGAAAACAGUGUAGAGUAUAUAGUGGGUGAAGAUGAUAAGGACAUUGACAUGGAAAGUGACUUUGAGAAGGUGGAUGAUUCAACAACCUCUGAAUCUGAUGACGAAGAUAAGACACUCUCUAAACCUACAAACUUGUGUCCAGAUGAUCCAGAAUCAGAUGGUGGCUCAAAUUCAAGUUCAACUGAUUAUUCCAGUGACUCCUCUAAUAGUCUGCACUCUAAAAAACCCCCUGCAAUCCUUCCUAGUGUUAAUAGUUCAAUAUGUGCUGCGUGUGGUAGAGGGCCCUUCAGGUCAAUGAAGCUCCAUUUACUGCACUGUAGUGGUAUAAGGGUAAAGUAUCAGUGCUCACUGUGCAAAAAGCUAUUUCUCACGGAGACUGCUCUUAACGAACACUACAUGCCUUUGUAUUCCUGUGACAUCUGUGGCCAGGUUUUCUCUCACGAGAGCUCUUACCAUCACCACCAGUGUCCCAAGGAAAGCAAAUCCCCUUUGGUCUUCUUUUGUUCUGAGACAAUGCCGAAAGCAUGUAAUAUAUGCAAGUCCUUUUUCACUUCUGAGAAAACUUUAUUAAACCAUGUUACCAGAGUUCACACAUCAGUGGUCAGCACCAAAGUAUGCAUUAUUACCAAUCCAUUAGCGUUGACUGAUAAAAGGGUUUCACCAUGUGUCCAUGGCAUAGCAGUCCAGUCAGCCGUCAGUGGUCCAAAUGUAGUCAACAAGGUCAGUAAUGGAAAGUUCUGUGUUGGCCAAACUUAUGCAGGGUCACUGUCCACUCUUGUGAAAUCAAGCCCUUUCUCCCUCUCGACCUCCUCCUCCCACCUGGGCAAACCUCCUGCCCUGAUAUGCACGGCGUCUGCUGCUGCACCUGCCAGAUCGGGGAAAGACGGUGCCCUAGGUCAGCCACCAAGCCAUCUUUCUGUCCCUUUAUUUGUCCCUCCUGAUGCCACUGACACAACUCCAGCCACUGCGCCCUCUGACCCUGUCUCCCCACCAGUGCCCACUAUUAUGGCCAUGUUUGAGAAUGACAGCCAAGAUGUGGCUCUGAUGAAACGUAUGAACACAGGCUGGCGCUCCAAGGUCCCUCACCCUUGCAGGCAGUGUGGUGCCAUCUUGCGGCAGCCCUCUUUCAUCAUCAGCCACCGCUACCUCCACCGAGGCCGCCGCUCACACCAGUGCCAGUGUGGCCGAGCUUUUAAGCACCGGCUUCACCUCCUGCGACAUUGUGUUCAGCAUGCGGAGGCCAUAAGCUACAUCUGCGCCAACUGUGGAGAGACUUUCAUGGGAGCAAGACUCUUUGCUGAGCACAUGAAGGGUAAAUCACAGAAAAAGUCCCGUCCUUCUGGGCUUACAUGGAGACGUAAAGUUAAGAGAAAGUGCAGAAUGCCCUUUACAUGUGACUGUGGACAACUGUUUUUUAGGCCUUCUGCUUACAUAUGGCACCAACUUCAAAACUGGACAAAAAGUAAACAGUUGAAGAAGCCCUUGAAAUGACAAAACAUUGACAUAUAUCUGGUUUAUCCAUAGUUUUUAGACACUCUUCUCCAACGUUGUGCACUACACUUUAAAACAAAGUGUUAAUUAAAAGGGAUCUUUCACAUGUCAUCUGACUGAUUGUCACUAUUUUGUUUAAUUUGUGUGUUGUCAAGUGACAAAAUCAAAGCAAAGUCACCUACACAUUGAUUCUUAAUGGCUUUUAAUUGUAAGCAUGUUCUGGAUGGUUGUUAACAUGUUUUCACCAUGUGCAAAUGAUACAUAGUAAACGGUUAGAGUAAGUUCCUCACAAGUUCUUCUGACAACAUACUGGAGUACAAAUGAACCCACAAGGAAUUUUUUUCAAUGUUUGGAUUAAGUUAAAACGCAUCACAAACUCCAGUUUAUCCUCCAGAGAAAGAGUAUGUCCAGUUUUGCUAAUUUUUUCUCACAAAGUGCAUUCUUAACAGUGAGGUUUGUAUGGGGGUUCUGAGUCCCCUUGUGUUCUGUUUUUCAGAUUUGUUUUCACUACAGCCUACACUACUACAAAUGCUAUGCUCCUAUGAGACAUUGGUAUUCAGGUUGAAAAUAGUAUAUAACUUUUUUUUUUAAUGGUUUUUACAUAAUCUUUAUGACUUUAAUGUUAACUGUCCUCAAUAUUACAAAGUUGUCUUAAUUCGUGUCCACUAGAGGGAGCUGUUGGGUUGCUAAAAGGUGAGCUUACAAGUCAAUUUAUACACUCAAGUUUAAUUGUUCCGAGAACAGGUGUAAAUUCUUAGACGCUUUUCCGGCAUCAGAUGAUUACAACCUUAAAUGCAGACAUUAAUCUAUGUGUUUCAGUUGACAUUCAUCAAAAUUCCAAGGACUUACAGUUUGAAAUAAAGGCUAUACUUAAACUGAAGUUUAGUUUUUUCUAUUGGUGGAGCAUCGAAACACAUAAUUUCACUCUUAAAUUAACUGGGUGGGUCAGAGGAAAGCGGAAAAAUUAGGAAUUGUUAGAGAUUGUAUAAUAUUCAGUAAGCCUGCUUGCGAACAACAAUCUGCUUGGUAACCAUUAAACUGUCUGCUAAUGCAAAAAAAAAAAAAAAAAGGAUUUGCAAGAGGUUUGUAGAAAAAU